AUGGUUGUAUUUCAGCGACGACGUAAUGGAGACCUACAAACUACCGUCGAUGUUUCACCAAAAACCGAACACUCUUUCGAUGGCAAAAUACACACAAUUUUCAAUAACAAGAACCUAUUAUUGUCUUCUCUAAUAUUAUUCAGGCUAUUUAAUGCGUUUAUAACAAAAACGUUCUUUAGUCCGGACGAAUAUUGGCAAUCUGUCGAAGUUGCUCAUUACAUGAUAUACGCGCCAAGAUUUUUACAAGCUGUUUUCGCUGCUAUAAGUGACUUUUAUUCUUAUCAUCUGGCUAGAAAGUUAUUUACUGAUUCAUCUGCGAAAUGGACUCUUUGUCUUAUUGGCCCUGGCCUUCAUUGGCUACACCAAGAAAUUGGAAUGAGAGAGAAAGUUAUUUCUGGAAUCGGUAUUGACGAAAUUUCCAACAUGAAAAAUUCUCAUUUGGCGAACUCUUUCACAUGUUCAAAAAAGUCUGCAUGGUUAAACUUUUCCAUAAUAUUUUUGGUAGUUACAAAUGUUCCUAUGGCAUAUUAUGCUGCGACAAUUCAUCAAAGUGGUGUCGUAGAAGUUAUGAAUUAUUUGAGAGAUGAAGCUGAUAAAGGGAAUGUUAAAAAUAUUGGAUUUUUGGCACCUUGCCACUCAACUCCAUUUUAUAGUAAUUUGCAUAGAAAUUUAGAAAUGUGGUUCUUAACUUGUGAACCUCUCUUGAAUCAUAAUAUCAAUCUAGAUGAUUACUUAGAUGAAGCAGAUCAAUUUUAUAAAAACCCUCUUGAUUUCAUUUAUGCUAAUUUUGAGCGACCGACUUUUAACACUUUUAAUAAUUCAUCCCCAAAUAAUUCAUUACGAAAAUGGCCAAGUCAUUUAAUAAUUUUCGAGGUAUUGUUGAAAGAUAUUGAGUCCGUCUUGAAACAAUUGGAGUACGACGAGUGUGCAAGAUUUUUUAAUUCUCAAUUUAAUGAUGAUUCAAGAAGACAAGGUGACAUUAUUGUUCUUUGUAAAGCGGCUAUUUAA